AACGGCCAUGUAAAACAAGUUACCACCGGCCAUAUUAAACAAGUUACCACCGGCCAUGUUAAACAAGUUACCACCGGCCAUGUUAAACAAGUUACCACCGGCAAUGUUAAACAAGUUACCACCGGCAAUGUUAAAACAAGUUACCACCG